CACUACAAUUCAGAUGAAGGAAGGACCCAAGAAACAGUAAUACAUCAAUAACUCCUAACAAGGAGCUGAGGGUUGCACAAGUUACUGUCUGCUGUUUCUAACAAUGUAAAUUUUGUUUUUUAACAGUGACAUUAACCUGCCAAUAAAAAGGCAACUAUUUCCCUAUCAGUUUACACUGGUAAUGCAUUAUUCAUCAUACAGAAUUAGAGAGCUUAGCUGAAGGUCUUUGAGAGAAGUCUCGAGCAAAACACCACAGAAACUUGGUAGCUAAGAUGCUGUUGAUUCUUUCCAAGCAAAAUAGAGCUCCAUCUAAAAAAAACAGUUUGACAGCUUUCUUUUAAAAACCAGGUUAAUUUGUUUGAAAGAACAUUGCAAAAAGAACUGAACAUGGGCCUGACGUCUGGAAGUUACACUUGAUACAGAGCUUUUUAUUAUUAUCAUUAUUAAUGUCAUAAUAUGUUUGCUGCUGCAACCAAAAACUUCGUUAAACAGGUUGGUGAUGGAGGAAGACUAGUUCCAGUGCCCAGUCUCAGUGAGGCUGAUAGAUAUCAACCUCUGAGCCUUGUGAUUAAGAAAAGAACAUGUUUGCUUUCAAAAAAAUCUAAAUUUGCUUCAACACCUUUCACAUUAAAAGACAUCCUGCAAGGGGAGAAAGAAAUUUCUGCAGGUGUCUCGUCUUACCAAUUGCUCAACUAUGAAGACAAAUCAGAUGUUUCACUUAAUGGUAGAAGAGGAAAUCAGAUAAUGAAUGAUGUUGGUUUUGAUGUUGCUGGAUCAGAUUCUGUUGCCUUUAAAGCUUCAUUUGGCAUUGUGAGCAAACAUGAGGUUGAAGUACCAACGUUACUUAAAGAACUUACUACAAGAAAAAUAAACUUUGAUCAUUGUCUAGUCCAUCAAUCAAGGAAAAGUAGGAUGGAAAUUCUGUGCGUGGUCAUGGAAAGUAUUAGAACUACAAGGCAAUGCUCAUUAACUGUCCAUACUGGAAUGCGUGGAGAGACAAUGAGGUUUCACUUUAUUGAAGAUCAGAAUUGUAAAGGGCGGGACAAAGCCAUUGUUUUUCCUGCACAUACAACUAUUGCUUUUAGUGUAUUUGAACUUUAUAUUCAUUUGGAUGGUAAUUUUGAGCUCUGUGUGACUCCAAUUUCAAAAGGAGGAUUUGAAAAAGAGAAAUCUGGAUCAUCUUCACUGACCAAAUUAAGGAGGUUAAAGAGUAAUCUGUUUCAUAGAAAUAAAAGAGUAGUGGCUACCAUUGCUAAUUCUGAAGCUUACUUGGAGGACCUUUUUACAGAUUAUUAUGAAAAAGCUGCAAGCAUGACUGAUCUCUCUACAAGCUAUCUCAGAGAAGGGUCUCACAUCCGAAUUAAUUUACUUAAUAACAACAUCCCAAAAGGUCCCUGUGUCCUUUGUGGAAUGGGAAGUUCUAAAAGGGAGACAGUCUAUGGGUGCCUUGAGUGUUCUUUUAAUGGACAAAAGUAUGUACGACUGCAUGCUGUGCCCUGUUUUGACCUCUGGCAUAAGAGAGUAAAGUAGCUGAACUAGGUAAGUGCCUUUUGUUACAGACAUGGGCAUAACUGUGCCACACACUUUUCAGAAUUAGUAAAUAUGACUCAAAUUUUUGAAAUGCAAAAUAGUGAAAGUGCAAAACAUUUUAUUACACUAUUAUCUUGAAAUUUUUGCUUUCCAGUCCAUGAUCUUUUAUUUGAAAAUAAUGCAUUCCCUGACAUAGCUUUUCUUUCUAGAACCUUCUCUUUUCAUUACCAUGAUAAUGAAAAAUGCACUUUUAGAUUGUAUUUUCAUAAUGUCAAAAUAUAUGCUAGAACUUUAAGUUGUUUACACAAACUUGUUGUUACACUCCAAAAUCUUGCCUUUGUCUACCCUGGCAUAUAAUGAAAGUAUUUGUUAAUAAUUUAGUGUCCUCAUGAAUGUUUAACUGAGGUAUCAGAUUAAAAACAUGCUAAAACUUA